CUUGCUUCAAAUCCAAAAUGCCUCUCGGGACGUCCUCGUCGGCGGUCUACAUCCAGAAUGUGCCCGCAGGGACGCACAGCAGCCAGCCCCGCACCCCGACGCUCGUCACGCUGCACCCCGUCGCGCUCUUCUCCAUCCUGGACCACUACCUGCGGCGCAUGGACGACCAGGCGCGCGUGAUCGGCACGCUCCUCGGCGUGCGCAACGACAGCGGCGAGGUCGAGGUGCGCUCGUCGUACGCGGUCGUGCACAACGAGACGGACGAGCUCGUCGCGGUCGACAUGGAGUACCACCGCACGAUGUACGAGCUGCACCACCGGGUGCACCCCCGGGAGGUCAUUGUUGGGUGGUACUCGACGGGAUCAAACCUCAACACAUACUCUGCCCUCAUACAAAACUUCUACACCCAAGAGACAGCGCCCCACCCCGCCAUCCACAUCGCACUAAACACCGGCGUCGAGGAAGGCCACCAGCCGGGCGUCAAGGCCUACGUCAGCUCGCCAGUCGGCGUCCACCCCAAACCGGAGAACUGCGUAUUCGUCCCCGUCCCCUGCGAAUUCCGCUUCCACGACGCCGAGCGCAGCGGCCUCGACCUCCUAACCUCCAACAGCUCCUCGCCCCUCUCCGACCUAGACACCCUCGCCGAGUCCCUCCAGACAGUCUCGGCGAUGCUCGACCGCGUCCUCGGGUACGUGCGGUCCGUGCUCGCCGGGGAGGUCAAGGGCGACCCCGCGGUCGGGCGGUACUUGAUGGAUACGUUCGGCGCGGACACGGGCGAGCUCGAGAAGGGCGGCUUCAGGGAUAGUCUACAGGACACGCUCAUGGUGUCGUACCUCGCGGAGCUGGUGCGCUCGCAAGCGGAGGUGUCGGCGCGGUUAGCGUUGGUCACGGCGUCAUAGUCCGCGGGGGAGGGAGAAGGAUGUGUAAAAAAGCCUGCUUCAUAUAGGCUCUGUAUUGUUUUUCUCUGAAGCCUUCUUGUGGACUGCCGGGCUAGCUGUUGAAAAUGCGAGAGUGCUGCAGGUCGUGGCGUGCCGCGAGGAUCUCGCCGAGGGGCCAGGUGACGGCGGGGCCGUGGACUGUAUCGUCGAAGUUGAAGUCGUUUGGUGAGGGAUCGAUGCACCCGGUGCGCAGGGCCUUGCAGUUGUUGGCUUCGGCUUGGA